AGAGCCAAAGCAGACAGCGGCGGCGGCGGCGGAUGUGAGAGGGGCGUUCUAUGAGAAGGCAGUGGAAGCCUUCCUUCGCUCUGACAGACAGGCAUUAGAGGGGGUUGCACAAGGAUCCACCAGACACUGGCAGAACCAUGGCCACUGAAACCAUAUCUGCAUGCACUGGAUCAAGUCUACUGCAGCCCAUAAGCGAGAUUAUCGACCUUCCGUUAGACCAGGUGAACUUUGUGGUGUGUCAGCUGUUUGCGCUACUCACAGCUUUCUGGUUUCGCCUCUACCUGCACCCCAGUAAGACCAGCCCCUUCAUCCGGCAUGUGGUGGCCACUUUGCUGGGACUCUACUUCGCUCUCUUCUGCUUCGGCUGGUAUGCCUUGCACUUCCUUGUUCAGAGUGGGAUCACCUAUGGAAUCAUGAUCCUCGCUGGAGUGGAGCACAUACACAAGUACUGCCUGGUGGUUGCCCUGGGCUACCUCAGUUUCUGCCAGAUCACACGUGUCUAUGUCUUUGAUUAUGGGAUGUACUCGGCUGAUUUCACAGGGCCUAUGAUGGUCAUUACACAGAAGAUCACAAGUCUGGCAUUUGAAAUCCAUGAUGGGAUGGCACGCAAAGAGGAGCAACUCACCCCGAAUCAGAAGGUGCUGGCUAUCAGGAGAAUGCCCAGCCUGCUGGAGUACUUCAGCUACAGCUGUAACUUCAUGGGGAUCCUGGCCGGUCCCACUUGCUCUUACAAUGACUACAUCGCCUUCAUCGAGGGUGUGCCCUGCCGACACCGCCCCCUGGAGUCCAGCCGCCAGACCAACCACGAGAAGGGCAGGCCGACCGAGCCCUCACCAAACAUGGUGGUGGCCCGUAAGCUGGCCACGAGCUUCCUCUCGCUGCUGGUGUUUCUGUCUGUGUGUAAAGUCUGCCCUGUGGAACGCAACAUCGAUGACCACUUUAUCGCCAACACACCCUUCUACGCGCAGGUGGUCUACCUCUACCUGUCCAUGCUGACCACCCGGCCCAAGUACUACUUUGUGUGGACUCUGGCUGAUGCCAUCAACAACGCUGCCGGCUUUGGCUUCAACGGCUACGACAGUGAUGGCUCAGCUCGCUGGGACCUCAUUUCCAACCUGAGGAUACUCAACAUCGAGCUUGCCACAAGUUUCAAAAUGUUCUUGGACAACUGGAACAUCCAGACAGCACACUGGCUUAAAAGGGUGUGUUAUGAGCGCUGUCCCUACAAUCCCACUGCUGCCACUUUCCUGCUGUCGGCCAUGUGGCACGGAGCCUACCCAGGAUACUACCUCACCUUUCUUACCGGCAUUGUGGUCACACUAGCAGCCCGGGCAGUAAGGCAUAACAUACGGCCUCACUUCCUGCGUUCACCGUCUCACAAGCUGGUGUAUGACAUCAUCACGUGGGCGGGGACUCAGAUUGCCAUCUGCUACACCGUGGUGCCCUUCGUUCUGCUGUCAGUGGGGCCCUCCCUCAAGUUCUACAGGUCCUGGUACUUCUCUGUCCACAUUGCCUGUGUACUAAUAGCGCUGGCCCUGCCGGUAAAACCUCGACACCUGCGCAUGAAGGAGCAACAGCGUGCAGGUGGGCAGACGUCGCCUCAGCAGUAUGGCAUCAGCAGCAGCCAGGAUAAUCAUCAGUAUCACCACCACCACCACCACCACAAUAAUCACCAUCAGCAACACCAGCACCCCCCACAGGCCACAGACAGCAACUGCAUCCAGAAAGACAAAACGUCAUGAAGAUGAUUUGGGGGAAAGCUCAUAGACUAUUUCCCUCAUACGUCCCUUGUACUGUUCUCUCUGUGAAAGAGAGGUGGGGGGAUGGACAAAAAGAGUGUGUGAUAGAGAGAGAGAGAGAGAGAGAGAGAGAGAGAGAGACUUUGGACCACUGGACUGAUGCACAAACUCACACACAGCAAAAUAAACACUUGUUUGGACAAUUUGUUUUUUCUUUCCUAAGUAAGGUCUUAUGUGACUGUUUGCCUGGAAUAAACGUUCAGUUAAUUGUCCACAUACAGUGGGAUAAAAGCUUGGAUUAUUGUCAGUGCCAUACAAAUAUUGCCAGUGUACAGCAUUUCGCAAAGCUGCCUUGAGGUCCCUCAGAGGGUCAACACGUUUUUGGUCUUAGUCAGAAUGAUGUAGUGUGUGGACUGUCCAAAGGAAGAUUUCAUAGACUCAUAGAAAAGAGUGUGUUUGAGGAUAUCUAGUGUGUCAGAUUGGCUGCAUUGGGUUCUGAGGGGAGCAUAUGUCCCCGAGGAAAUGGAUGCGUGUGUGUGUGUGUGUUUUGUGUUUGUACAAGGACAAGGACAUUAAGGGGUAAAUGUUGGUGUCAUCCUCAUUCAAAGACCUGUAGGUGUGUAUAGGUCUUCUCCACCUGGUUCUGCUGAGAUUAGUUGGUGUUAGUCUGAAAUCCUACCACACCGAGAUAAACACAGAGGACUGAACUGGUUCUGAAUUAGACAUCAGCUAGAUGUUGAGGGAUCAGCAUUGUGUCUUUCUCUUUUCUUCUCCUCAGCCAAAAAUAUUUCAUUCUCACGUGAACUUUAAAACGGGUUCACAGCAACAAUGCUUUCUGUCUGUGCUUUAUGAUAUGGCCUGUUGUUGUCUUGCGUUGAAUUUUUCAUUACGUUAACCACAAACUGUAUUCAUGAUUAACCGUAGGGGUUGCUCACAUACAGCAAUGCCUUUGUAAAAGGCCUCAUCAGCGCAUUUCUACACAGUCACAGUGGCUUAUCACAGCGCGUAGACCUCCCUCCACUCCACAUGGCAAACAGAGAGUACCGAAAUAUCAUUAAUGUAAUUCUACUGUAUGGUGGUUGUUGAGAAAAUUCAGAUGUCCAGGAAUUAUCUGUAAGUUGGCAGAUCCCAGCCUGUGGUGUGAUUAGUCAGGACCAAGUCUGAUAGUGGUUUUGCACACAAAAAAGAGACAAGAGACCGUGGCGUUUCACUUCUAAUGCUCCUGUCCUGACUGUAAGCCACGUAAGACAUUUAAGACAUGUUUCAACAAGUAUUAUGGGUCAAUGAAUUUUCAACUUUUAGCCAUUCUGGCAAAAUGUCCAUGUUGGGAAACCUGGAAUUUUUCUUGUUUUUGUAUUAUAUGAUGUGAUUAAAAAUGAUUUUUGCAA